GUUUUGCAUUUACUGCUAAUUCGUAUCAAGUACAAACUUCUACGGUUUAUGAAGAUCCUAAAUUUCGUAUACAGCAAAAGAUCGCAGCGAUCGAGAGGGUGCGCCCUUUUAAUAGUUAUUUGACUGACAGAUUUGAAAGACAACACACAUAUCUAAGGAUUUCACUCACAGAAAAAUGUAAUUUAAGAUGUACUUAUUGUAUGCCUGCAGAAGGUGUCGAUUUGACCCCUUCACAUAAACUUUUAACAACUAAAGAGAUUAUACAUAUAGCUAGAUUAUUCGUUUCUCAAGGAGUUAAUAAAAUUAGAUUAACCGGAGGAGAACCAACCGUAAGAAAGGACUUGGUUGAUUUGAUUGGUGAAUUAGGAAAGUUAAAAAAACACGGUUUACAAACAUUGGCUAUGACUUCUAAUGGAAUAGCGUUAAAACGAAAGCUACCUGAACUGGUCAAAAAUGGUUUGAAUUUGUUAAAUAUUAGUGUAGAUACGUUAGAUCCAUUAAAGUUCGAACUUAUCACUCGUCGAAAAGGACUUGAACGUGUAAUGGAGUCAAUUGACCAAGCAAUUGAUCUUGGCCUUCGUCCUCUUAAACUUAAUUGUGUGGUUGUGAGAGGAGUAAAUGAUCAAGAAGUAAUAGAUUUGAUUGAAAUGACUCGUACGAAGGCUAUAGAUGUUAGAUUUAUUGAAUAUAUGCCAUUUGAUG